AAACUUAAACUAUCGCAACGCAAAUUUGUUAUAGUUUGACAGAAACAACAAAUUGUUGAAAUUGUUCCGUUUGAAUCAGUGUACACAUUUAAAGGUGUGGCUGUUGUUCGCGGACGUUUUUCUCGUGAAAUUAACUGAAAUAUCGAGAAAUUUUAAGCUGUAAGGAAAGUUUUAGACUGCAAAGAUGUCUCCAAUACUUGAAUCCUGCUGGUCACCAUGUAUUUGGUCAUCAACAGUGAAGAGUGGAAGUCGGGCGGUUGCUGUGUAUACCAUUGCUAUGAGUAUGGUGUUGAUCACGUUUAUUGCGUACCAAAUGGCGGGCGGAGACUCCACACAACUCUGGAACCCUUUGUUCGAAGCUGAUGUGCGAGGAUCUCUACAAGUAUUUGGGGCUAUAUUCAUUGUAAUAUUUAUACUUCUCAUCAUUUUCUCCGUUUUCAUGAUAAUUGGAAUCAACAUCUGGAUGCGAGGUUUCAUUCUGCCGUGGUUGGGGUUGAUGGCGUUCAUCAUCCUGUUCCAACUGCUGUUUGGACUCUGGCUUAUCGGAGGAUACUAUAUUUAUUUGGACGCAACAUUCGCUGCAUUUAUCGAUUUUAUCUGGAUGGCAUACAAUAUCUACUGCUGGCUCUGCGUUUUCUCCCAAUACCAAAUAAUAUUGGACAUGCAGUCGCCAAACAUAGAGAUAUUGGUCGAAUACUAAAGCCAAUGUUGGCACAAACAUUUGACGUAAGGUAACAACUAUUAUCAUAGAGCUGUUAUUUAAAUGAAAUCUUGUAAAAUCAGGCACAAAAUAAUUGAAAUCAUGUAAUUAUAUUUCUCUUUUUAUUAUUUUAUAUAGUGAAAAUCUGGUUAAAUCAUGUAGGUAUUUCUAUUUACACAUGUUUGUAGGUGUUAUCAAAUAAAAAUAGUAGUUAUUUCUAUGUAUUAUAGAGUAUGUUAUCUGUUGACAAGGUAUAAAGUGAGAAAUGAUGUGCCUAAAUUAGUAAAAUGUUUGCUGUAAUUGGAAGCUUCAUAGUAACAUCACAUAAUAAAUUAUUUUUUUAUAAAUGUGGCAAAAUCGAAAUUGACACUAAUAUUGAAUUGAAAAACAACUAAAAUCUAAAGCUCAAAUAUGACAAUAUGUGGCCAACAAUGAAAACUGUCCAUAAAGCGGCAAUUGGGUAGUUUCCUAGGUAAAAAAUAAAUUAUUUUGGCAUUUCAAUACAAUAAAAUAUCCCAAAAUAGUUGUAAUUUCAUUAUUAACUUAGAAGAAACAUAUCGUUUUUGACAUUUCAAUAAAGGUAUUGAAUUUGAAUAAUUAGAAACCACUAUAUUGUAGGCCGCCUAUCGUCAUUUGUAGGUUGCAUGCAUUCGACAAAUGAUGCGUCGUAUACGAUAGACUAAUUAUUUUGUUUGACAAACAAUAAUAAAGAAAUGAUUUUAAUCAACAGCAAUCGUGUAUAUUAGUCCUUGUUGCGUAAUUGAGUGACUUACAUAUUGACGAUUGUAGAUACUCCAGAACCUAACAAAAUUAUAAUUACCUGGAGGAGUAACUCUUAGAGUUUCUUACACAACAAUAUUACAAUACACCUUUAAGAAGUAGACAGUAGUUAGAGUAGUAAACAGCAACUUAAACUCGAAUAUUUUAUUGUAAUUAUCAUUCCGUAAAAGUACCUAAUUUAAAUUAUUUACGCAUUUAUUUGUUGUAUUAUGUGUCUUAAUUCUAUUUAGCUUUAAUUGAAAUUACAUUGAAACAUAUUAUUUUUGUAAUUUUUAAGACUUAGAAUAUUCCGUCCAUUUUUUUCGUAUUUAUUUAAUUUAAAAUCAGUUUUAUGUCAAAAAAAACGAGAAUCAAAACUCAAAAAUGUAACGAAGUUUAUUUUGAAAUCAUAAUAUUGAGUACAACAACUUGUAACAAAAAAGGAUUUAUAAUUAUUUUUUUAAUAACUAUCGUGAGACAUACUAAAUUAACUAAAAAUCACCGUUUUACGCACGUUAAUUAAUGGAGAAAAGCUACUAGUUUCGAGUCACAGAGGGACUCUUCAUCAUAAGCAGCAUGCUACUGUACUGUAGGCUGCGCGACGUCGCCGUGUCAGGUUUCUCCAUUAAUUUACGUGAUAAAACCGUGAUUAUUGGUUUUAAAAUUGUCUUAUUUUUUUUAUUGGAGAUCAAACUAUUGACAUUUUAAAAUGAUUUGAUGGAAAAUGACAUAAAAGAAUCUCGUAAACCUACAGUUAAGUUGUAAUUAAUCAUUUUUACUUAUUGAUUAUGUUAUUUACAAUUUAUUUUUUAAUCAUUUUAUUAAUUUACCCUAUACAUAAGUUUCAAGUGUUCAGUUGAUGUAGUAAAUCUGUGUUUUUACCAAUAUUUUGUUUGGCAGCACCGUAGCAUAGCAUUCGUGAGACUGUUUUUAAUGAAUGUAAUGUUUAACUAAUGAAUAAAUGAAGUUAGAUUUAA